AUGGGGGACGGGGACGCGAGCACCGGCGGCGGCGGGGACCCGCAGCGGCUGAAGCGGAUCGCGGCGGGGGCGUACGACUACGAGAACGACGCGCGGUGGGCGGGGUACUGGUCCAACGUCCUCGUGCCGCCCCACCUCGCCUCCCGCGCCGACGUCGUCGACCACUUCAAGCGCAAGUUCUACCAGCGAUACAUCGAUCCUGAUUUGGUGGUUGAACCAAUGUCUUCCACAAGUUCUACUCCAUCCAACAAAUCAGCAACCAGUUCUUCAUCUACGCCAUCCAGUGAGAAUGUUAGAGCUCGUGACUCGGGAUCUAGUGCAUCCCAACCACCGCCAGCAGAAAGGACAGGAAGCUCUCUACGGUUUGAUGGAAGAACUAUACAUUUCUCUAUCAAUGCUUGGGUAUUGGUUGUUUCUAGUCUUGGAAUACUUCCAAUUCUACCGAAAGAUAUCGCAAGCAAAGCAUAUAGACUUUCAUUGCUAGGAACCAUAUGCUCGUCGGCAUAUUCUUUAUACUGCACUUAUGGGAAACCAAGAGCAUGGAACAUGCCUGCCAUUCAGCCUUGGUUGCAGUCUAUAAUUGUAGCCAAGGACUUUGUUCAUUUGAUGUUUUCUCUUAUGAUGUUCACAUCUAAUGUACACUUUAAGAUUGCUCUACUGCCAGUGCUUUGCUGGGCACUUGAUCAUGUUGCUAGAUUCCUGAGGCGUAAUUUCGCACGCUCCUCUUUCUAUAGGAGAUACCUGGAGGAGCCUUGUUUGUGGGUGGAGACAAACAACACCACAGUUAGCAUCCUUUGUUCAAAUGCUGAAAUUGCCCUGGGCUUUCUUAUGAUUGUAUCACUUUUCUCGUCGAAACGCAACAUAAUUCAGACAUUCAUGUACUUUCAUCUGUUGAAGUUGAUGUACCAUGCUCCUGUAACAUCGGGUUAUCACCAGAGUGUGUGGGCAAGAAUUGGCCGGGCUGUAAACCCGCACAUUCAUCGCUAUGCUCCAUUCCUUAACACGCCCAUUUCCGCAGCCCAAAGAUGGUGGCUGAGAUAGAAGGCAUGGGACACACCAUUCUUAUUUAACCAUUGAUCUCCUCUACAUAUAGAGAAUAUCUGAUACACUGGGCUUUCUCGCUCCAUUGUUAAGAACAUGCACGUCACUUGCACAUCCUUCUACUGUUUUCAUAUCCCCAUUUCACGUCUUACUCAGCACUCAAGGGUUGACACUGGAUAAGUAUGUCCUGCAAGCAGUAGGUCUUAAGUGAACUGCUUAUGUUUUGACUGAUACGGUUACAGGAUAGCACCUAAUUCUUGAGGAUAAUUUGUUAUAUAAACAAGAAAGGUUUGCUUGCUGUCAUUUCCAUUAUAAAUGGUUGCAGCCAAUUUGAUGUUA